CACGCGAAGCAAUCGGCCAUAUCUCAUCGAUAAUCACUACUAAAUUGAGAAAACUAUGGGCAUUUUCAAGCUACCCGACAGCCGAGAUUAGAUUGUGUGCGCUGGGUCAAAUUGAUGAAGUUUUUACGACGUUUUUGUAGAGAAUUUUGAAAUGAUAAAGCAUGUGGAAUAGCGGAAGUCAUGUGUGCUUGGACGAUUGGUCGAACGAGACGUGUGAUUUAUGUUAAUGUACUGUUAUGGAUUUGCAUUUUAUACGGUGUUCUUAGCGCAAAAGCGCAUAAAAGAAGUGGGACUUUAGGUAGGAAUGACACAAGCUUUGUACGCCAAGAUGGAUUUACACAAAAGAAGCCGAGGUCGGCACAAUACGGUGGAUUCAUACCCAGAAUUCAGACUGUUUAUCCUAGGCAAAGGGCACCGGUUCGGUUGGCUACAAUACCAAUUAAUGCCGGAUAUCGUUUGCCGAUAACGCAAAGGCUAGCCAACGUAGCUCCCUUGACAAGUUUGCCAGGAAUACCACGAACGUAUGUGCCGGUUAUAAGCACAGUGCCUUCGAUUCGGUAUCCACUUCUGCGACAAAGUGGAUUGACAGGCCAAUAUGUCGUACCGUAUACACUUAAAAUGCCGGCUCCAAAUUUGCCUGCGGCUGCUCCACAGGUUAACGAAGAUUUGGGAAAGCAUUAUAACGAAAAAUACAAUACUCUGCCGGCCGCUUCCGAAAUUGACUUAGCACAAGAUGGCUUGAAUAUGCCAAGGAAAACUGAGACGAAGAAAGUGGACAUUGGCGAUGAAUUUGAUAAUUUUUUGGAAAGUUUAGAUGGCCCAUGUUCCAAACAUCCUUGUAAAAAUGGCGCGAAAUGCCGUAUGUCACAUGACGGGACGUCGUUUCAUUGCAUCUGCAAGAGAGGAUACAGAGGGAAGACGUGUGAAGAAAAAAACGAGUGCUUUCCUAACCCAUGUGAAAACAAUGGAGAAUGUACCCUGACUAGCGAAGGCUUUGAAUGUUCGUGUUCAAAAAGAUUCAAGGGGAAAAAAUGCGAACAGAUCAAUACAUGCGAACCCAAUCCGUGUCAACAUGAUGGCGUUUGCACAGAAUUGACAAAUGGAGGUUUUGAAUGUACUUGUAAGAAAGGUCAUUUUGGUGAUAAAUGUCAAGUGAGCAAGCAAGGUUGCAGUCCGAAUCCCUGUCGAAACGAUGGACAAUGUAGGGAAAAGGAUAAUGGUGGAUUUGAAUGUAUAUGUCCUCAGGGAUACACGGGGGAAAAUUGUGAUAGGCCAAACAACAAAUGUUUCAACAAUCCAUGUAAAAAUGGUGGAUCUUGUAUGCAGGCAAUGACGAGUACUGGAUACGAGUGCGCAUGCGCGAGAGGAUUCAGAGGAACCAAUUGUGAAGACCAUUCUGGUUGUGACGUUGCCUCAUGUCAAAAUGGGGGAACAUGUUAUGAAACGGAAUUUGGUGUCAGGUGUAUCUGUAGAAACGGGUACUCUGGGGACAAAUGUCAAAUUCGUAAAUUCUGUGAAGCGGAUACCUGUCAAAAUAAUGGGAAAUGCAUAGAACAUGUGCGUGGAUUUCGCUGCGUGUGUCCAGAGGGAUACAAAGGGAAGAUGUGUGAUGAAAUUGACAACUGCCGUCCCAAUCCCUGUCAACAUGGAGGACACUGCGAGCAAUCGGAAAGCGGUUACUUCUGUAAAUGUACAGCACAGUAUCACGGUCGAAAUUGCGAAGUCUCCAAUCCCUGUGCUCGGAAUCCGUGUAAGAAUGGAGGAAAAUGCACCAGCGAUUUUGAUGGCCAGCAGUAUCAAUGUCAGUGCCCCGAAGGAUUUCGUGGUACAAAUUGCGAAGAACGCAAUCUUUGCGCGCCAAAUCCAUGCGAAAACGACGGUGUUUGCCGAAGUGUUGGAAGUGAGUUUGGGAGUGAGUUUUCGUGCGAGUGUCGAAAUGGUUUCGGAGGAAAGACUUGCGCAGAAAAAGAUCCGUGUUUAAACAACCCAUGUGUGAACGAGGGUGUUUGCUCAAGAGUAGGGAACAAUGAUUUCACAUGUUCUUGUCCAGAUGAUUACAAAGGUGUUCGUUGUGAAGUUAAGAGACAUUGCCGACCUAACCCGUGCUUAAACGAUGGCGUUUGCCAGGAAAGCGGAGAUGACUUUGUUUGUUCCUGUAAAGAAGGCUUUCGUGGUCAAAGAUGUGAAGAACAAGAUCAAUGCGUCCCUAAUCCAUGUAAAAAUGAUGGAAGAUGCGUAUCUGUCGGUCUGAAUGGAAACAGAAGAGCUUUCGUUUGCGAGUGUGCUAACAGCUUCUUCGGGGACACUUGUGAAGAACGUAAUCCAUGUCAUCCGAACCCGUGUGGUAACCAGGGGCAAUGCACAGAAAUAAACGGAGGUUUCACCUGCCAGUGCAAAGCUGGCUACAAAGGCGACCGAUGUCGAGAAAUCGACAAAUGUAAUCCUAAUCCUUGUCAGCACCAGGGGUCUUGUACCGAGAUUAUUGGAGGAAUGGGAUACGCGUGUAAAUGCGCUUACGGAUACAAGGGGAAAGACUGUGAACAAAAGGAUUACUGCCAUCCUAACCCGUGUGAGCACGAAGGACAGUGUUCUCUUGUUGACAAUGAGUCCGGGUAUCAAUGCAAAUGCGCCCCUGGGUACAUGGGACUGCGAUGCUCAGAAUCUAAUCCAUGCGAGCCAAACCCGUGUCUUCACGACAGUCAUUGCAUCUUGUUUCCUGGUUUCGGAAAGAACCAUGAAUGUAAUUGUACAAUAGGAUGGUCAGGAGACACAUGUGAGAAGCGUGAGAUAUGCCGUCCAAACCCUUGUCAGUUUGGUACAAAGUGCAUAGAGACUGGUGACGACAGUUACAGUUGCGUGAAGUCAAUGUGCCACCCGAAUCCCUGUCAGAAUUCCGGGAAAUGCAUCAAUGUCAACGAGAACAACUUCCAGUGCGCAUGCAAUGAUGACUACGAGGGGAAAACAUGUGAAGGUGACGAUAUGACAACUGACUUUGAGCAGACGACAAAGGACAAAAGCAAUCGAGCAUCAAUCGAACGGCACACGACGACGGAUGACGAGCAUGCAACGACAAAUAUCGACAAAUUGCUUCGACUUGUAGACACAACAUUGGACAUUUACAAAUCAAAACACCAUCAAACAAAAACGGUCAAAAAUAACAAAAAGGUGACAAAUUUACUAAAAACAUUGAAAAACGGAAUAACAAACAAACUAACAAACGAACAACAAACGCCACAAAGACUUAAUGACGAUAAAAAGCCUCCUAAACAGUAUCUAAUGAACGAACAAAACACAAAACAACAAAACCACAUCACAGACAAGAAAACGAACGAAAAUGUUCAACAAACGGACGACAACUCGGAUAUAAUGAGGCUUAACGAUGAUUUAAUAAAGUCGCUUAACCCGGAUGGCGAAGUAGUUGUUGAAAAUUCCAACACGGAACACAAAAACGCAAUGACGCAACACGCGGAGACCAACACGAACGUAAACGUUGACGAACCUGAAACGAACGACAUAACGAAACUCGAUAACGAUUUGAUAAAAUCACUUAACCCUGAAGGCCAAGUCGUUGUCGACAACUCACGACAAACAACGCCACGUCCCGAACUGACUGAUAACGAACUUAACACGAAACUAGAAAACGAUUUAACAAAACACGUUGCAACAGAACAAAGCGCGCACGAUAACGCUGACUCAACUAAACUAAACGAAGACUUGAUAAACCUACAAAAUUCCCAGAAAUAUACCCCCGCUUUCUCGAAUUUCGAGAAUGCCGGUGAUGACGAACUACAAAACGACCUAAUGUUGAACGUUCAAGCUAAAUUAAAUGCAACAGACAUGGGAGAUAGUUUAGUCGAAGGCAUACCCGAGGAAGAUGCGGUUAUCAAAAGUAUUAACCCUGCAGGGGGGGUUGUAGUUGAUGGUGGAGUUCCGCGUAAACAUUCACAAUUAUCCCUGGUUCCCUCGCCUCCACAAUCUCCAUAUCCCCAAAGAUUGCCAACCGUCCCUGCUGGUACAGCGCCAUCCCUACAGCUGGUAAAAAGUUCGCCACAAGCUGCCACACAACUUGAUGCUUCCAACAUGAAAUCUGACAAACCACCCAGCAUCCCAAUGUCAUCAAUCGCGAGCUGUUCUCCAUUUCUGUGUCAAAACGAGGGCGUUUGUAUCCAAGAAGCUGGCAGGCCGAUCAGGUGCCGAUGUCCUCCGAUGUACACGGGGGAGACAUGCGCAGUGGACAAGUGUCACGACAACCCUUGUAAGAAUGACGGCGUCUGUUUGCCCGUUAAAAGACAACCUGGUUUCGUCUGCAAGUGCAAAGAUGGGUUAACAGGACCGCUUUGUGACAGUAGACCAUGCGAACCCAAUCCAUGUAAAAACAACGGUAAAUGUGUCAUGUUCUACAGUGUUUACCUUUGCAAGUGUAAGACUGGAUUCAGAGGAAAGUUAUGUGAGGAAACAAAUGAUGGACGAGUUGUCGCCGGUACAGAGGCCCCAAAGAAAUUGGAACCUGCUCAAUCAAUGAUCUUGAAGACAUCCCAAGCGGUGUCUCCGUGUAGUCCCAGUCCUUGCAAGAAUAGCGCGCAGUGUUUGGAGACCUCAGACGGGGAAUAUGAAUGUAUUUGCACGAGAGACUUCUCUGGUCCUCGAUGCGAAGAAAAAGGUCAAUUUAAAUAUUCCUCCGCUCCGAAGUUCUUUCCCGGACGCAAUGAAGAAUGCGAGCAUUGUGACAGAAAUGCCAGAUGCGUUAACGGGCACUGCAUUUGUAAGAACAAAUAUGUCGGUGAUGGAUUGGAAUGCUGGGAACGAACUGAGAAAGAUGAUAACUGGAAUUGUCAAGUCAACCCAUGCAAGAACGGUGGGACUUGCAAAGAAGGCCGAUCAGGUUGUGUUUGUCGUCUUGGCUUUUCCGGGGAUUACUGUGAAGAGUAUAGCCCACCAGUGGUUCAUUUGACCUUUGAUCGACUCGAGGAUGGAGAAAGGGUUAGGGACAUGAGCGGUAAUGGAAAUGACGGUCUGAUAAACCAAGGUUUCCAGAUUACACCUGGAGCAGGCAAAUGUGACAACGCUGGAAAUUUGAAUGGAGGAGAUAUCAUUUUCGAUGGCGAAAACUUCAGGGGAAUACCAAGAAAGGCGAUCACGAUAGCUGUGUGGGUCAAACUCUCAACAGCCUUAGGAAUUCAAUCCAUUUUCGAUACGGUUGGAAGCCAUUCGCGGCACAAAGACGGUCAAUAUCAUUUUGAAAUUGACAACGGAAGAGUGAGAUGGUUUCAUCGAAACGAGGAUGGUAAAACUGUCUUCAGCGCGGUCACUGAUGACAUCGUGGUGCGCGAAGGGAACUGGAAUCUAAUCACGGGAACCUAUAGUGUUGACCGGAACCGAGCUAGGAUUUACGUCAAUGGUGAUAUGAAAAAGGAAACGAACGGAAAGAAAAUGUCGCUCUCUGGAGACUGGGGAUUCAAAGCAGGAAUAGCAACACUGCCUGAACUGGAUGUACCCGACAAAGACGAACUACAAGACGACGAUGACGACACAACAACUAACAACAACAAUUACUACAGAAACAAUAUUAUUACACAUAAACCAAGCUUUAGCAACAAUGACAUGCUAAGCGAUAUGUUGUCACGAAGAGACAAACAAUUUAACAAGAUCAAAUACGACAACGACAUUAUCACCGACAACAACAACAACGACGAAAACCUUAACAACAACAAAGGUUUUAUAGAAAAAAUACUAAACAAAGACAAGGAAAAUUUAAAUGAUAUUCCCAAAAGCGACGACGUUGAUGAAUUCGUAAACAACAAAGUUUUAAACGAUUUACAAAACGAUAACAACUUUGAUAUGAUAGAAGACAAUGACAACGACUUGAAAAAGAACAAAAAAAACGAAAAUAAAUUUGACUUUUUGAUGCUAAACGAAAAACGUUUUCGAAGAGAUGGUAAACACGAACAUCCCUAUGGUGCUCGUGUGCUGCGAGGAAUGGUGGACGAGUUUUCUAUCUUUCCCUCGGAGUUAUCUCGACUACAAAUCCUAGUGUUAAAGACACAUUGUAAAGUUUACUACAACAAAUACGUCAAGAAACCAUCAACACAAAGCAAAGAAAGUUACUCAGAAAUUAAAGCGAAUUCGUUGCCAUCUUACAAUCAGCAGGCAAUGCCUUACCCUGGGCAACAAUAUCAACCUCAAGCAAGCUACAACCAAGCCCCUUCAGUAUCAAGCAAUUACCCUAACUACCAAUCAGGGUCUAACCAAAAAGGCUACUAUGGUAAUUAUGGAUACCAGCCGGCCACCACUGGGGGACAGACGGGAUAUCAGAGAUCACAAGGAUACAAACGGCCAAGUCUAUCAAAAGGUCCUACUAGUUCACCCACAUAUGCACCUCGUGUACUAGAACCACCCUCGUACGUACCAAAAUCUCCCUCAUAUGUACCACAAAGACCCGCAAAUGCACAAGGUACCGCUAGAUGGGGAAUUCCAGAGAGAGCAUACCAAAUCCCAAACGUACCCUCAAGUACUGUAAGGUACCCAUAUACCCCGACUUAUAAAGCAUCCGAUGGAUAUACAGGAUAUCCAAAGUCGUAUACCCCUCAAGGUCUUGCAGUGAAGCAAGCAUAUAACCCUCAAUGGUCUGCCAAAAGGCAGGAUCAAUUCGGGUACCCAAGGACACAGACACCUGGUUCCCCUGUUAGCUAUAGAGGAUCUACUAAUACUCCUCAAUAUCAACCAAGCGUCAGGAGUUACAAUGGAUAUCGGGUUACCCAAGCUGGAAGAAUGUCACAAUUACCCCAGAAUACACAAAACAUGGUCUACCCUCAAGGAUCUAGGGAAGCAUACAAUUCCAUGCCAUCCAGGCAAACAAAUUCGGACACACAAAGCAAUAGGUAUGUACCAAUGAAUGUACCAAAAUAUAACACAAACCAAUACGCAAGAAAUAUCCCGAACGGGCAAUAUCAAAUCGUAUCACCCACUAGCGGUCAGCAGAGGGUGCAAUACGGACAGCAAGAUAACCAAUAUUCAGGUGGAACUAAAAGUUUUAUAGCUCAGAGCCCAUCGUGGCAAACUGACGUGCCAAAGCAGAUGACGUCAUCUGGUGACGUCACAAGCAUGACGUAUGCGAAUGAUAUGCCACAAGCACAAACUGCGUACACACGAAAUAACGUUUAUGCUAAUGCAGAAAAUUAUGGCGCAAAUACUCAGAACAAUCCUGCAUCGUAUGCUGCAGCUACACGAAGUAUCACCCCUCAAUACGGACCAAAUUAUGCCUACUCAGCGGGCUUGUCUUUUGAUCAAAAUUCCGUACGGGGAAAUAUACCUCGGCCAACCUCUUCCACGCCGAAGUCAUACGUGACAAAAAAGCCGCAAAAUCAGCAAAAUUUGCGGACUUUGAAAGGCCAAAAUAUUGGACCUUCAGAAAGUAAAAAAAAACUAUCAAGAAUAAAUACUCUUGAUGAACACGGGCAGUAUCCUUCAGAUGUGAAGAGAUAUAAACCUUUCUCUCAAUUAAAUGGGAGAAAAUUAGGCCCUGCUCAGGGGAAUGCCCAGAGUAACCGCUGGUCAGCAAGAUCGCGCACCCCAUGGGCUUCCGUGAGAGCUACCAAAAUGGGAUCCGGUACCGGUGGAAUCCAGGGGGGGAAACCUGAGGGGACGUGGAAUUCUGGAACCUUUGCCAAGUCAUAUACCCAGUUAGGUUGGCCGCGUCAAAGAUUCAGAAUAUCACCAAUCUAUGCUCGAGUGCAGCCCAGGAGACAGCAGGCUCGAACGCAAGAUCCAUAUCGUCGACAAAACGUUCAUGGAACUGCGCAAAAUCUAGCAAUGGUGGAUCCAAAUGUUUACAAGAGAAUAGAAAUAGCUUCCAGGCAGUCAAAAGUAAACUUCCGGUUUCCUCGAAAGGAUAAAGCGACCUGAUGUCGAGACUGAAUUUCACGAUGCUGUCAGCAGUUCGCUAUGGAAUGAGCUCAAGAACUCGAUAUGGCCGAGAUAAAACUUUCCCCGAAGCGCAAAAUUCGUGUCAACGAUGCUUCUGGCCCAGCUGACCACACCGAAUUCGUACUUUCCGUGCAAAAUUAUUUACGCCGACGCGCAAGAGGAUUGCAAAACCAAGUGUCAAACUUCGGUCGGAUUUGGAUGCAACGUAUCACGCAAUAUUGUUAAAUUCUGCACCGAAAAAUAAUUUAGCGCAUCAUGUAAACGACUAAUAUCUACUAAAACGUUAUUAAGCUAACCUUGAUUAACCCAUGAUGAACUUCAUCAAAUGAAGCGCGUGAAAUUUGUAUAAAUUGAAGUUUUAUAAAAAUAU